AUGACCUGCGACUGCUGCUCUAGAAAUGUUCCUCCCUCCCUUAGGUGCUGCUGCCCACCUCAGGAACCUGCUGUGGCUCUUCCUGCCCCAGCUAUCUGGUCUACAGCACUACCAGCUGCUGCUCCCAGUACCUGCCAGCUGGACUCUUCCCUGCACAGUGGCUGUCAGGAGACCUGCAUUGAGCCCGUCAGCUGCUCUCCCAGCACCUGCCAGCUCGGAUCCUCUCUCAACAGUGGCUGCCAGGAGACCUGCAUGGAGCCCACCAGCUGCCAGACUUCCUGUGUGGUGCCCAGCCCCUGCCAGAUUCCCUGCUUCUACCCCAGGAGGUCCACACCCUUCAGUCCCUGCCAGGGGACAUAUGAUGGCUCUCUGGGCUUUGGGUCCAGCAACUACCAUUCCCUAGGCUACAGAUCUAGAAUCAUCUUCCCAGAGAAUUGUGGAUCCAGUGGCUUCAGAAACAUGAAUUAUGAAGUCCCUGUUUUCCCUUCUUUGGGUUGUGCAGCCACACUCUGCUUUCCGAUCUACAUGCUUUUCAAUAGCAACCAACCUUCACUUUGUGUCCCAACCUGUGAUCCAUGUCUCUCUGUAAUCAGCUGUUAA